AUGAUUGUGUCCAAUUUCAUCAAUCAUUUGGUAUUGAUAUGUUGUUAUAUACUGAUUUGUCAUUGUUUUACAACGGUAUCAUCGUUGGCAUCCACAAAUUAUCCAAAAACAAUUGUUAUAGAGGUUAAUGGUGAUUGUCAAACAGUCGGAAAACGUGUUGCUCAUCUUCAUGGAUAUCGUGUUAUUAAAGAAGUUGGUCUUCUUAUUGUUGUAACUCUCUUAUUUGAAGAAGAUCUAUUAUCUGAAUACCAUGCAAGACAUAAACGUGCAGUUCUAAACGGUGAAGAUCCAGUUGAUAUUCUUCAAAGGCAUAAAGAUGUUUCCUGGGCUGAACAUCAGGUGCCAAAAAGCAGACGAAAACGUGAAUAUGUAUUGAAUGAUCCACAAUGGACAAAAAUGUGGUACCUUAAACGUAAUAAACAAUCAAUAUCACUUCCAGACUUAAAUGUAACUGGUGCUUGGCUAAUGGGCUACACAGGUCGUGGCAGUGUUGUAUCGUUUUUAGAUGAUGGAUUAGAAUUUGAUCAUCCUGAUUUAUACGCAAAUUAUGAUAAAGAUGCGAGUUACGAUAUCAACGAUAAUGAUUCGGACCCAACUCCGAGAUAUGAUCCAUCGAAUGAAAAUAAACAUGGAACUCGUUGUGCCGGUGAAGUGGCCGCAAUGAUUAACAAUAGUAUUUGUGGUGUAGGUGUAGCUUAUCAUUCCAAAGUGGGAGGUAUACGCAUGUUAGAUGGUGAUGUUACAGAUAGCGUUGAAGCACGUUCAUUGAGUCAUCGACCCGAUCAUGUUGACAUAUAUUCAGCUAGUUGGGGUCCCGAUGAUAAUGGACUCGUCGUUGAUGGUCCUGGUCGUUUAGCAAAAAAAGCUUUUGAAGAUGGGGUACGAAAGGGACGUAAUGGAAAAGGUUCAAUAUUUAUUUGGGCUAGCGGUAAUGGUGGUAGACAGUUUGAUUCAUGCGCCUGUGAUGGUUAUAUCAAUUCAAUAUAUACGAUCGCGAUAAGUGCAACAACAGAACGAGGUGAAAAACCAUGGUAUUUAGAAGCAUGUUCAGCAACAUUGGCCUCUGCAUAUUCGAGUGGAAACAUGAAUGGUGCUGAAAACGACAUUAUCACAACCGAUUUAAGACAUGAAUGCACAGAAAGACAUACGGGAACAUCUGCUGCGGCACCAUUGGCCGCUGCCAUUAUUGCACUUAUGCUCGAAGCAAACCCUAAUUUGACUUGGCGUGAUGUUAUGCAUAUUGUCAUUUUAUCGGCGAGACCAUCGGCUAUACCAUCGAAUACAGAUUAUAUAAAAAAUGCUGCUGGAUUUAAUAUCAGUAGUAAAUUUGGUUUUGGUUUAAUGGAUGCUGGCUUAAUGACAUGGUAUGCCGAAAAAUGGAUUAAUGUACCACCAAUGGUAUCAUGUUCAUCAGCACAAAUAGAAUCUAAUUUGUUUCUUGGUCCAAGUCAAACAAAAUUUUCCGAAUUAAAUUUAAUGAAUUGUAAAAGUAGUGAUCCAACACAAGAAGCAAAUUACAUUGAACAAGUUCAAAUAUUUGUCAGUUUAUCGGCAGACAGGCGUGGUGACAUCGAAUUAUACUUAUAUUCACCAUCAGGAACAAAAUCACAAUUAUUACCGGUAAAAAGGAAAAGAGAUACGAAUUUGCAUAUUAACUGCAUAAACAUCUUUUUGUGUCUGUUUCAGCGACGGCAAAAAGAUGCAAGCAAUAAAGGUUUUCAAGAUUGGGCAUUUCUUACAGUGCAACUAUGGGGGGAAUCUCCGCAUGGAUUGUGGAAAAUAGAAGCGGUAAACGUAGGUCCUGGUUCAGCUCGUUUACAAUCAUGGCGUUUAGUUGUUCAUGGUACGAAAGACUAUCCAUGGUCUACCCGUUCUGCUUCACCUUCAAAAUCUUCCGAUUCUAAAUUUCAUAGUUGUCAUCCAGAGUGUAAGCCCGAUCUACAACCCUGCGGUCCAUCCGAAAUAGACUGUCUUGAUUGUCGUCAUUUUAAAAAAAUAUUAGAAAAUGGAAAAUUUCAAUGUCUGUCAGUAUGUCCUGAUGGUACCUAUUUAGCAUCCAAUACAACGUGUUUACCCUGUCAUGCAAAUUGUGCUGCAUGUAGUAAUCUAUCGGAUACAAGUUGCAUUAAUUGUAAAUCUGACAACUAUCUAGUUCAUGAUACAAUGGCAUGUGUUCAAAUGUGUCCAUCAGCAUAUUACACUGGUAUUCAACUUAAGCAAUAUUGUCAAUCGUGUGAUAGUCGUUGUUUAACGUGCAGUGGUUCUCGAAGUGAUCAAUGUACGAGUUGCAAUCAAACAGAAAAUUCAGAAUAUCCAAUGGUUCAGCAACAUUCCUGUGUCAAAACAUGUUCACCAGGUUAUUUUCCGUCAUCGAAUAGCUGUAUAUUAUGUUAUGAUACUUGUGCCAGUUGUACAUCAGCGGAUGAAAAUACAUGCACAGAAUGCAAACUAGGAUAUAUAUUUGAAAACGAUAAAUGUCAGAAAUACACUGGCAAACCCUUUUACAUAGAUCCUAAAACGCACAAAUCUCAUUUAUGUCAUUCGUCUUGUCUAUUUUGUAAUGGUUCAAAACCGAAUCAAUGUAUUGCUUGCGACACUAUUAAAUUAUUAUCAAUUGAUGGUUAUUGUGUUGAUGACUGUCCGACAGGUUACUAUUCCGAACAAUAUUCAACAGCGUCGUACACGACAUCCAUAUGCAAACGAUGUCCACUUGGAUGUUUAAAUUGUAUAGAUAACUCAAAUUGCAAUCAGUGCGAUUGGAAUUAUGUGAUGAAAAACGAUGAUCGUUGCUAUCCAAUGUGUAAAGCAGGACAAUAUUUAUCAGGUACUGAUUGUCAAGAAUGUCCCGAUAAUUAUUAUUCAGAUGGAUCUAAAUGUGAAUUGUGCCAUCCAAUAUGUGAUUCGUGUACAGGUCCAAGUGAACUCGAUUGCAAAACAUGUACGAUAGGAUUUUCCAUGAUCAACAAGAAAUGUAAUAGUAACUGCCUCAAUGAAGCUUAUUACGAUAAAGUUGAUAAUAUAUGUAAAUUAUGUUCCGAAAACUGUUUACAAUGUUUACAUCCUGGUACAUAUUGUCGCGAUUGCGUUUAUCCAAUGGCAUUAGAUAUGCUUACACAUCGUUGUUUAUCAUGCUGCUUAACAAAUAAAACAGAUGAAAACUGUUGUCAAUGCUCUCAAUCUCAUGAUGGUUUCUGUUUGCAUCCAUUGGUUAAACCAGAGACAUCAAAGGAUUCAACUUCAUGGUUAGCAAAAAUUCAAAAUAAAUUUAGAACUCUUGAUCGUAAACGCCAAACAAUACUUCUCAUUUGUCUAUGUAUUUCAACGUUUAUAUCCGCUAGUUGCGUAAUCAGUCUUGUAUGUUAUGCACAGGUGAAUCGUUCACGACUGAAACGCCUUAGGCAACUUUCUUCAAAUGUACAAUAUAAAAUAUUGAAUAGUAACGACGAUAUUGACGAAGGUGAAGAUGAACUAUACGAGUCUAGUAGUUUUCUAUCUAAUGUUAGUAUAACGACAACGAAUAAUGGUACAUAA